CAGUUGGAUUGAAAUUGCUGGAGAGGACUGCCGAUAUUUCAAAUAGCCAACACUUGGUUAGAUGCUGAGAACACUUCCCGUUGAAAAUUUGAUUUGAUUAAAUAUGAAGCCUAUGGCUGACAUGAAUUGUACUUUUGAUCAACAUGGGGACCCAAAUGGAGAUAGAUUACUGCUCCAGGCGCUGUGGGAUGAUCUGCGAGCGCGACGGGAGUUCCUCACGUCACCUUAUCUGCCCGCGUGCUUUGCGUUCUUCAUCCACAUUCUCCUCUGCUCACCUUUUCUAGUGUUUGAAGCGCUGGGAUGUUUCUGGCCACGGAUACAUUUCUACAGGAUCUCUAGGAACGCCGAACCGUUGGGGUUGUGUUUGCAGCGAUGGGUUGACUGCUUUUGGAGGAUUUUUAUCAAAUACCUGACAACUAUUCUCCCGGCCAGCGCGCUUUACCAAAGCGUUCGGAAUCCAAUAUUCCCAGAACUCGCGCCAUCCUGGAGAGUGUUCAUAGCGGAGGUUAUCGCAUGCCUACUUCUAUUCGAUGCGCUGUUCUUCAUAUGGCAUUAUUCCAUGCAUCGGGUUCCUUGGCUGUAUCGGAUGGUCCACCAGGCUCACCACCAGAACCGGAUUACCUUUGCCCUGACUGCCCAGGAUGCCAGCCCGGCUGAGCUCCUCUCCCUGCAGGUGCUGGCCCUGACCAGUGCCUGGGUGGUGGGCUGCCACCCUUUGAGCGAGGCCCUGUUCCACCUGCUCAACACUUGGCUGGCCAUAGAGGACCACUGUGGUUAUGACCUGCCCUGGGCCCUCCAUAGACUGCUGCCCUGCUUCGGAGGGGCCCCCUUCCACCAGGCACACCACCACAUCUACAGGGGGAACUACGCCCCCUACUUCAGGCACUGGGACUGGCUUUGUGGGACCUACCUGAGGGUAAGGGAGGAGGCUGGGAGGAAACAUGGAGGGAGGACAAUGAGAAGGAGGAGGAGGAGGAAAAGCCUGGGGUCUGACUGUGUUUGUAUGUGCGCGUACAACAAAGCUUAAAUCACAUCAGGAGACCACUUUUGAGGUGUGAGGAAGAAAAUACAACUUUAUAUUUUGCAGGUUUUAGUUCCCCUUUUAAUUUCAAUUGAGCACAUCAAGAGACUGUUUUUUGGCUGGCAGUGUUUCUGUACUGCAUGUGCAAUAGCAGAGUUUGCUAAUCAAAAUACCAGCCGAUUUGAUACAAUUCAUUCUACCAGGUAAGCCUACUUUGCAGUUAACAUUUCAUUUGGAAAGUUUACUGGAAGGCCUUUAGAAAUGACUGUUUCUGCAAUGUUAACUGACUUUCCCAGUUAAAGUUUAAAUGUAAAAAUAUAUAUAUACUGGCUGCACAAAGUGGUAGACACAGGCAUUCCCAUGUCAUUGCAACUUCAGAAAGUUGCAAUAAAUACAAAUCACAGAUGCAUUAUUUAAUAUUCUUUACAUGUCGGCUUUGGCUUGAACCAAUCUGUGCUUGCUUUUUCCUCUAUGGCACUUCGAUUUAUUUUUAUUUUUAAAUGUAACAUUCAUUUAAGUAGGCAAGCCUGUUAACAAAUUCUUAUUUACAAUGACGGCCAAACCCAGACGACGCUGGGCCAAUCGUGUGCCUCCCUAUGGGACUCCCAAUACCGGCCAGUUGUGAUACAGCCUGGAUACAACUUGGUAAAACAGCCACACAGUGAAGCCUCAACUAGCUCUCACAGUCUCACGUCAGAAUUAGACAUUCGUCCAUGUUUCUCAAACAAAACUUUUUGAAGUUGUUGCAAAUUUUAAAGUGUUUAAGGUUAAGUUUAUGCAUUAAUGCCGAAAUCUUAAGGUUAGGCAUUAACUCUGAGUGGUUAAGGUUUGGGAUAGGCUUAAAACAAAAAUCUCAAACAACUUUCUGUUGCUGGAUUCUAAUUUGCAUCCUACAGAAUCAGAGACAGAAUCAGAGGCUUGUCGUGGAAAUAAGUCACUCUGGGUUCAUUCUAUUGUUAUCUGCACGUGGGUGAUGUCUUCACCCCUCCCUGGCUUAGUUUCCCAGAUGCAAGGAUGAUUUAGAGACAAUGAGGAAUUGUUCUAAACUCCUCCUGGUUACACCAACCACAUAUUUUCUAUGCAAAUGCAGUCUUUAACUCAUUUGUCAACUCAAGCCAUCUCUGGUGACCAUACGCCCAGAUUAGCUACAGGGAACUAGAGUGGAGACCAUAAAAACACAGACACUAACAGGACAGAUAUAUCCUAUUUGUUAAGUAUUAAUAUCUAACUAUUAAUAUCAAACAAAUCAGGUAAACAAGUAAUUUUUCUAUCACAGGCUUCAGAGACAAUAAGAAUAAUGCAUUUUAUUUGGAAGAUGCCUUUCAGGACACCACAAAAAAUCUAGUGCUGUACAUAAAAUCAAUUCCAUUCAUUAAUUCAAAUUAUGCUUGAUUAUUUACAGCUUAUCAACUUCAAAAUAAUGGACGGGUUCUGGCACGUGUCACUUCACACUGAUACCAUGUGCAGGAAACAGUAGCUUACCACUGUGUAGGCUAGGCUAUACUGUGUAGGGUACUCAGCGUUAGCUAGCUAGUUAGCCAAACAAAGCUCACUGUUAAUCUUGUUCAAGAGACCUUGUAUAAAAGAGGAUGUUGGCGCAGUUAUUUGAUAUCAGUGAUUUUGCCAUGAAGGGCCUCCAAUCCCUCUCUAUAUCAGUCACUGAUUGCAUUGAUCUAAUCAAGGGCCUUAAAGACAGUUUCAAUACAUUCAGAGACAAUGAUCAGCACCACAACACUGAUACUUUUAGAAAUCAUGAAACACGCUUCUCUACUUCGACUCGCAUUCUCUACCUCCCUCUGCUGAGACAUGACCAUCAGUCCAGUAAAAUAAAGUUAUUUCAACUUAUGCUCUGAUGCGCUUCGCAAGUUGUAGGCUACAAAAACGGACCUAUUACCAGUGUCAUCAUAUAGCCUAGCUUGAGACUCCAGUUUUGAAAUAUACAGGACUCUAAUUGGACUUCUCUUAUUAUAUAUUAAAUUAGGCAAAUUAAUGAAACAAUACUUAUUUCCAGUCAACGGCCUAACAUUUUUAGGAAUGUAGUUUAAUUGGAAAUCGAACUUAGCUCUGUGCUUCUCCACCCAUGCACUAUAGUUAGGCCCUAUAGGCUAUUGAACCAUUUCAUUGAUAUCACACAUUGUAGGAACACUUGAUCUCCUGCACCCAGCAGAGAAUUGCACUAGGCUUGUAUUUUUACUCAAAGUGAUCUAGGCUAAGAAAAGGUUGGUGACCACUGUUCUUGUCUAUAUUGGCUAUGGCUGCCUAUUGUGAUUAUUACAGUUAUAUCUGGGCAUUAUGUUCUAAUCUCAUAGUCUAUUAAUUAAGCUUUAGGCCUCUGGUUUAUUAUGUGUAGGUCUAUGUGAGUCGCAUGUUAAAUGCAAGAGUCAUGCAUUUACGUAGGCCUACAAAACGAAUUGGUCAAUUUAAUGCAAAAUCACAUGUUAAAUGGUUUGUUGUGUGCGAUUGAUUACAGUAGGGUAUAAGGUAGGCUAUGCUUUAAUGAUAAUUUAAUGAUUUGAGUGCCUAAAUGUAGUCCCAUUGUCACGAUCGUUAUAAUUAUGAUGGUCGGACCAAGGCACAGCGUGAGUAUAGUUCCACAUCUUUUAAUGAAUAAGUGAAACUGAAAACAAAAUAACAAAACUUACAAAGACCCGUGACUACGUAGUGUUCAAACACACUAUACAUAAACACUAUCCCAGAACCCACAGGUGGAAAAAUGCUGCUUAAGUAUGAUCCCCAAUUAGAGACAAUGAUAACCAGCUGCCUCUAAUUGGGAAUCAUACAAAUC